AUGGCGAUAACCAUCAUGGGGCCUAGACUUGGGGGUGACUUGAGCACUUAUCUAGCCUGCGUUCUAAUCACCACAUACGGUCUAGUGGCCAGUGAGAUAGGUUCCCACUGGCGUUGUCCAGGCGGUCCAAUCCUCUUCAUCGCCCGACCACCACCAGCCAUCUUGCAGUCGGGCCAGUGGUCAUCCAACCACCCCAUCGACCCGCCAGAGGAUUCUGAUUCAACCGUUCCUGGUGCUACGCGGCACAGAAGACAUACAUUAGGCCCAUGCAACCAUGCAUCAGUAAUCAAACAGCUGGCGCCAUCCUCGUUUGGACUAACCCCGUCCAGGAUGGUGGUGGUAACGCCAGCCGCAGUUACUCCGAGGGAUAAAGUGAAUUUAUCUACAGACUCCAACCAGCGUGGCCGGUGCGGAUGA